AUGGAUGUGCUCUCCCGUCGGUCACCGCAACUGAUCCAUCGCUAUAGCCAUCGACUCAUUGACAGACACCACAGCAGGACAUCUGCGGACAUCACAGGCCGACAUUGUGUGAUCGACGCGUGGGAUCCGUUGCCAAUACCACAAGAAGUUUGCGGAUCCACUUCUCCCGCAUACGAGACACUUGUAUAUACACCGCUGAAGAGUGUGGUCAACAUAAUCACCGCAAACAUGUCUUCACGAGAUACAGAAGUGGUUCAACAGUUCAACGCUGAACUGUCAUCGCUCUAUGAGGUCCGGCCGCCGAUAUCUAAGGCCAAGAUGUCUCAGAUCACCAAAUCGUCGAUGAAAGCCAUCAAAAUGUAUAAACAUAUCGUCCAAUCGGUCGAGAGGUUUAUCAUUAAAUGUCGGCCAGAAUACAAGAUCCCGGGCCUGUAUGUGAUCGACUCGAUUGUACGCCAAUCCCGGCAUCAGUUCGGUGUCGACAAAGACGUAUACGCGGCCCGAUUUGCCCGCAACUUUGGCCAAACCUUUCAGAGUCUAUUCCUCACGUGUCCCACGGAUGACAAACCAAAGAUAGUGCGAGUGUUGAACCUCUGGCAGCGGAACAACGUGUUCACCGCUGAGACCAUACAGCCGUUGCUCGAUAUGGCCAACCCUAACGCCGCCCUAUCGGCCAUGAAGUUUGACGGCUCACCGCAACCGCACAUGAAUAGCGGCGGCGGUGCCGGCGGUCGAGAUGGCAAUCGCGGCGGUGAAUCCCGCGACACACCCGCCCUUAAAGACCCCACACUUAUUCUACAAUUGCAACAAUUGGCCAAUUCUUUAGGACUUACAAAACCGGGCAAUAAUUCGGGCGAUUCGGGCCAAGAGUCACAAAAUCAGAUAAAAUUCAACAAAAAACUCUUAGACUUUGAUUACGGCGACGACGAAGAAGACGAGGAGAGAGGGGAGACGCCCACCGAAUCGGAGCCCCCGAUGAGGGGCAGCGGCGGAGACGAUAAUAACUCCACGAAUCCGUUGGCCAUAAGUAUGGCCCAGAAUUUGCUGUCGAAUCCGGAACUGUUGCAACAGUUGCAGGCGAUGCAGAAGACAAUACAGCAAACGGAACUCCUGAAGCUCAGUAUAUCGGAGUUGGAAGCGCACGGAUUGGCCGGUUUGGGCCAACAGUCGGCCGCCGGCGGCAGUAGUGGCCAGCAGUUUAUGUCCGGCUAUCAGUCGCAGCAACAGUUGUCGCAAACGAGUCUAAUGUCUGACCAGAGAUCGGAUCGGUAUCGAGGAGAACGGUCUGAUCAGAGAUCGCGGUCCCGAUCGCCCCGUAGUAGUCGUCGCGGCGGCGAUAGAGACCGGGAGGGCGGUGGUGGUGGUGGCCGUCGUUCGCAUCGGUCCCGUAGCCGUUCGCCCCGGGGUUCCCGGUUCUCGGAUCGGCCCCGUUCUCCGCAGAGUUUCGAGAGAGAGCGGGAACGGGAACGCCGGCGGAAGGGUCUGCCGACCCAACGCAAGGGCUAUAUGUCCAUCUGUUCCACCACUUUAUGGUUAGGACACGUCCCCAAACUGGUCUCCGAAGCCGACCUCAGCGACACGUUCGGCGAGUUUGGCGCCAUUAAUAGCAUCGAUUUGAUCCCAUCGCGAGGCUGUGCCUAUGUCUGCAUGAAUAGGCGUCAGGACGCGGCCAAGGCGUUGACCAAUUUGCGAAAUGUCAAACUACACGGAAGUGUUAUCAAAAUGGCUUGGGCUCCGGGCAAAGGCAUGAAAGGCAAAGAGUACAAAGACUACUGGGAGGCCGACGAGGGCGCCAGUUAUAUACCGUACACCAAACUGUCCGAUGACGUGGACUUGGAUCUGCUCGAAGAAGGCGGAACCGUUGACGAAGACACUGUUCCCGAGAAACUACAGGAGAUCCGCAAACGAAAGAAUAAGGAACGGGAAGACCAGGAGAGAGAGGCCGCCGCUAUGAUGGCCAGAGCGGCCGCAAUGAUGCAGCAGCCGUUGUCUAUGGUUGCACUCCCGGCCACGUCUUACGGCGUUACGGGUCUGGUAAUACCGCCGAAUAUGAUGAACAUAACGAGUCACACGCCUGUGAUGUCGAUGCAGUCGGCGACCGACACGCCGCUGAUGACAACGGCGAUCACCGCCACCGCUUACCCGCAAUUACAGGCGCCGCCGCCCAUACCGUCGCUGUUGUCCGACGACCCGCUCAAGAACGAGAUCACGGAAGUGGUGAUGAACACCGACAACAACGACCGCAAGAGCGACUCGGCCUCCAGCCUCAUGUCCAAUCCGCCGCUCUUUCCGCCACCGCUGCCGCCGUUCCAGACACCGCUCGGAAUGCCUCCAAUGCCACCCAUUCUGGGCGCCCAAUCGCAUCGUUUGCCGUGGCUUUCGGGCCCUCCGCCGCCAAUACUUCCCAACCGAAUGCAAGGUCUGGAGUCGGGAACUGCUGUUAAAAAUACGUCCACCAAAACGAACUGCAAUUAA